AUGACUAAGACCUCCUUAUUCGUCCGCAUGUACGUAUCUGUUGUUCCUGUCACGCCAAAAGCCAUGCAAAAAUGUCAGAAUCUCAUCUCCGCCUUCCACAUCACAAGUCCACCAUCACGGCCACCACCAGAACACUCUGUAAUGAACCGCCGAGAAGGUCUUGAUGUGGGACCGGAUGAAUUGGCUAAGCUGAUGUGCAUUAGUGCGACAUUCCAGAACCCGAUAUCGGCUGGAGGCAAGUACAGCAUAAAAGCCGAUGGAGAUUUUAAAUAA